GUUUGGAAUCAAAGGAUUACAUUCCCGCGCAUGAUCUCUCAUUUUUGCCGCCAAAAAUUGGACCAUUGUCACUUCUAUCCACUCUGCUGUUCCUAGCACAACAAUUCCAGCAACAAUGGACAUGGAUAUGGACAUUCCUAAUCUGGACGAGCUCGAAUGGCUUGAAGCCAACUCUCAUAUCCACGAAGAAGAUCUGGAACUUUCCUCCCCCUUCCCACCUGAAGAGGAACGACAAUCACAGCCUCAGUCUCCAUCACCGCUAUCCGUUUCCCAAGUCGACAGUCAUAAGCGUCUCCGAUCCGAUGGUCCAGAUUCACCGAAUAUUGAAGAUGUUAUUCCAUCCGACGAGAAGAGAAGCAGAGUUGACGAUGCUGGGACAGAGACUGAGGAGGACUGGCUCCGAUACUCGCCCCCGCAGGAGAGGAACGCUGGGGCUGAGGAGCAUGAAACGGAAGUUGUUGUGAAUGAAGAGAAGGUCGUGUCGAGAUUCGCAUCUGAGAUUGACGGCGAUUUCAUCCCCGUGACGGCCCCGAGUGGCGGCGAUAGGGUUUAUGCAAAAAUAUGUAGGGUGGAGAGAGAAGAGAAAUCUAAGAAAUUGGUUGUGAAACCGCAAUCAAAUGGUCUUUUAUUUGAGCCUGUCAAUGUUCUUUUGCGAAGAGUAGAGGAAGAUGCCUUUGCCAAGGCAUUACAUGCUAGUUCUGAAGGUUCAGGUGAUGUGGUUCUUGAUGAAACACAAAUGGUGCAUCAGCAUGAAAAACUUUGGGUCGACAAAUAUGCUCCAAAUUCUUUUACCGAGCUCCUCAGUGUUGAACAGACAAAUCGUGAAGUUCUCUUAUGGUUGAAGCAGUGGGAUUCUCGUGUUUUUGGAUCUGAAAUUAGGAGUACAUCAGAUGACAUUCUGUCUGCUUUGAGACGUCAUUCUUCUGUCACUCAGCAAAAAAAAUAUUCUGAUUCCACUUUCCCAAGAAGGAGCAAAGACAUUAGAUGGACUAAUGAGAACUUCAGAAAUUCUAACAAUUGGAAUGAUGAAAACAGUAAUGUGAAAGGAAUUCAGGACUCAUGGAACAAGAUAUCGAGGCUUACUGGCCCUCCAGAACAAAAGAUUCUUUUACUCUGUGGUCCCCCAGGGCUUGGAAAGACCACACUUGCACAUGUAGCUGCUAAGCAUUGUGGAUAUCAAGUUGUAGAGGUUAAUGCAAGUGAUGAUAGAUCCUCAUCUACAAUUGAAGCUAAAAUCCUUGAUGUGGUUCAAAUGAAUUCUGUGAUCGCUGACUCAAGGCCCAAGUGUUUGGUGAUUGAUGAAAUAGAUGGUGCUCUUGGUGAUGGCAAAGGUGCUGUGGAUGUUAUUCUAAAGAUGGUUUCUGCUGAAAGGAAUUCAGAUACCGGGAAGGAAAAUGCUGCUAAAGGAGAGCAAUCAGGAAGGCCAUCCUCAAAAAAAGUGAGGAAAACAAUGUCACUUUCAAGACCUGUGAUUUGCAUAUGUAAUGAUUUGUAUGCACCUGUCUUGAGACCAUUGCGUCAGGUAGCAAAAGUUCACAUAUUUGUUCAACCAACAGUUAGCCGUGUGGUAAACAGGCUCAAACAUAUAUGCAGCAAGGAGGGAAUGAAAGUGAGUACUAUCGCCCUUACUGCAUUGGUGGAGUACACUGAAUGUGAUAUACGCUCAUGCUUGAACACCCUCCAGUUUCUCAACAAGAAGAAGGAAACUCUUAAUGUGCUGGAGAUUGGUUCUCAGGUGGUGGGUCGAAAGGACAUGUCAAAAAAUGCUUUUGAUGUUUGGAAAGAGAUUUUCCAAAAGAGGAAAAUGAAGCGAGAGAGAAUUUCUAGCUGUGGCACUCCGUGCAAUGAAUUUGACUUUUUGCAUUCUAUUGUAUCUAACCAUGGUGAGUAUGAUGUGAUUUUUGAUGGGAUUCAUGAGAACAUCUUGCAGCUCCAUUAUCAUGAUCCGUUGAUGCAAAAGACAGUCAAGUGCUUUAAUAGUCUUGGCAUUUCUGAUCUACUACACCAAUAUAUUAUGCGUACACAGCAAAUCCAUAUUCAUGCUUAUCAGCCUCCUCUUGCAAUUAUUGUGCACCACCUGGUAGCUCACGUUCAAAAACCAAAUAUCGAGUGGCCAAAAUCUUAUCAAAGAUACCGAAUGUCGUUGAUGGAGAGGGUGGAGAUAUUGAGGUCUUGGCAAAACAAAAUUCCUCCAUAUAUUUCGAGACAUUUGGCAAUUAAAUCCCUUGUAGAAGAUUCAAUUUCACCUUUAUUACAUAUUUUGUCACCUUCAACACUAAGGCCGGUGGCAUUACACCUACUAUCACAAAAAGAUAAGAAUGAUCUGGCCCAGUUGGUGAGCACUAUGGUAUCCUAUUCUGUAACAUACAAGAACGUAAAAUCCAGUCCUCUUUCCUCUAACCAGGAAUAUGAAGCAACUUUAGAUGCCUCGGCCCUUUCUUUUGAUCCUCCUAUUUGUGACUUCAUUAACUUUAAGGGCUACAGUUCCGGUCAUCAUGUACUUCCCUUGGCAGUGAAGCAAGUUUUGGUUCAUGAGGUUGAGAAGCAAAAUAUUUUGCAAGUAAGCAGAUCUUUACAUUUAACAGAUGGGUGCAACAAAGAAAUCCUCGACUUAGCAGAUGAGAGGAAUAGUGAGAAUAGCGUGUCAAAUUCUCCAAAUGAUCGUGCAGCCUUGUCCACUGCUAAAAUUGAAACUGGAAAGAAUAAAGUAAAUCCUAACCAACGUAAUCCUAUUUGCUCAACUACGUUGUCAAAUUUGGAUUGUAGUGCCAUGUCCAAUGUGAAACUGAAAUCCUCUGGGAAUCCCAAGAAACCUUGUACUGGCUCCAGCUUCUUUGACAGGUUUAAGAAAGUAAGUAGCAAAGGUUCUCAGAAUACUGACAUUGCUGUACAGAAUACAACCACCUUAGAAAGAGAUUCACGUCCUGUACUGUUCAAGUUUAAUGAGGGUUUCACAAAUGCUGUAAAAAGGCCUGUUCGAAUGCGCGAGUUCCUGCUAUGAUUAUUUUUAUUUCCAUUGCUUGGAGAAGCGCGGCAGUGCUAUUUGUUCAGGGCAACAUAAUGGUGCAUUUACUUUGGUGCAAGGACGCUGUUCAACGUUAACCAUAUCGCUUCUCACUACUGAAAUAUUAACUCUGCACGGCUUCAUUAGGAAUUUUGAUUGGGGAUAAAUAUAUAUAUAUAUAUAUAGAUAUAUUUUUCCAAAAAAAAAAAAAUCAUGGCUUUGCGUGGAAUUGUGGUUUAAAGGUGAAGAAACUAGUUUGGAGUUUCAUUUAGAUGUUGAAACGGUUAUACUAUUUUGUAGUUUUCAUAAUUAAAAUAGAAUUUAAAUUCAAAAUUAAAGUUUUUAAUAAUAUUUC